AUGUCUACUCCCACCAUAUGGCUGAUUGAGCGCUCGGACAAAAUUCCUAAGGGGGUCGUGGAGGAGAUUGCGUGUUUUUGGUACAACAACAGUGUACUCAGUCCACUCGCGAGGGGCAGUGUAAAGAUUCCGGGUAUUGUUGCCUUGUACUUUCCACGGAGGAUAGUCCAAAAAACGUAUCGUCAGCUGUACUUGGAUUUCCUGCAUCAGCACAGCACCGCCUUCCACGUGUCGUUUGGCUUCUUCGUGGGAGCAAAGCCUGGAACCCCCGAUAAGUUGCAAGUCCCCUCACAAACUCAGAGCCACGCGCAGAUUGGGCCUGCCGCUCGUAUGGGUAGUUUUACAGAUGAUGUACGGUGCUGGGUUUCUGUUCAGCAUUUGCUAACAGCAGCCGCGUCACAGAACUGCAAGAAUACGGCCCGCCUGCAGGACCGAAUGCACUGCAAUAUUAUAGAAUUAUAA